AUGGCGCCCUCGCUGAAGGUUGCCGAGGCGCUCGCCCAGGCCGAGUCCGUCCCGGGCGACAAGACAGCGGCCUACGAAUCCAUCAUCGCCGACAUCAAGACCCUCUCAUCCCCCGCCACGGCGGCCGACGACCUCGCCGCCGUUCUCGACGCCGCCUUCGCCGCCUCUCUCGGCAUCGUCUCGACCCGCGCCGUGCUGGCCUCAUUCGUUGCCACCCUCCGCGACCUAAAGAACGACGACCUCUGGAUCGCCGUCGGGAACCACACCCUGUCACAGCUCGCUGCGGGGGCCCAGGCCUCGUCCUUCCUCGACCAGGCCGCCGCCGUCCGCGAGCUCGUCGCCGAGGCCCAGGAGAACAACGAGGACUUCCUCGACGCCGCCAAGACGCUUGCCGAGAUCCCCCUCGACGGGUCCCAGCGCAAGGUGACAAACGACGACAAGGCCCGCGUCUGGGUCCGCAUCGCCCGCAACUACCUCGAGGUUGACGACACCACCGCCGCCGAGACGUACGUCAACAAACUCAAGAACAUCAUGCACACCGUCCAGGACCGCGACCUCGACCUGCACUUCAAGCUCUCGCAGGCCCGCAUCCUCGACUCCAAGCGCGACUUCCUGGGCGCCAGCGGCCGCUACCACGAGAUCAGCGUCAGCCCGGCCAUCGCCGAGGAGGAGCGCCUGCACACCCUCAGCAUGGCCGUCAAGUGCGCCAUCCUCGCCCCCGCCGGCCCCAUGCGGAGCCGGGCCCUGGGGCGGCUGUAUAAGGACGAGCGGUCGGCGGGGCUGGACGAGUACGGAAUGCUGGAGAAGAUGUUCUUUGACCGGCUGCUCGCGCCCGCGGAGGUGGACAAGUUCGCGCAGGGCCUGCAGCCGCACCAGCUUGCGACCACUGCCGACGGGUCCACGGUGCUGGCCAAGGCCGUCGUGGAGCACAACCUGCUCGGCGCGUCGAGGCUGUACCGGAAUAUCGGCUUCGAGGCCCUCGGCUCCCUGCUCGGCCUCGACAGGGAGAGGGCGGAGGAGACGACGGCGAGGAUGAUUGAGCAGGGCCGGCUGCUGGGCCGGAUCGACCAGCUCGAAGAGAUCAUCUGGUUCGAGGGCGGCGAGGCGUCGGGCAAAAAGGGCAGCGGCCGGGCCGAGGUCGUCGUCGGAAAGGAGAUGCGCCGAUGGGAUUCCAACGUGCAGAAUAUGGCGGAGGAGGUGGAGAACGUGACCAACGCCCUGCAGAAGCAGUUUCCCGACUUUGUGGAAAACAACUUGGUUGUCUGA